AUGUUUCUAUAAAUAUAUAGAUGCGUGUGUGUGGGUUCCAGGUGUAGGUGAUGGAGGUGUAGGUGAUGGAGGUGGACAUUAUAGAGUUCAAAGCGCCGACGGAAAGCAACAAAGCUCUCUUCAUAUGGGACCUCCAGGCCGGCUACAGCCACGCCUACAUCUAUGAGAGGGUGUUCUCUGCGUUCUCCUCCUUCGGACCCCUCUUCCUGGUCAAGGUGCUCCCCAACUCUCCCUCUGUGUCUCCUGGCUUCUACUCGCUGGUGAAGUUCUACUGCUCCAGACACGCCCUGCAGGCCCAGAGAUCUACUGAUGGAACCCUCCUGUUCCAGAGCACUCCUGUCAAGCUGAAAGUGUUGCCUUCUGAUUCUCUGGAAGAGGGGCAGGGCCAUAAGGCCAAUGGGAGGAGCCAGGAGGUAAGUGGGAGGAGCCCGAAGGUCAGUGGGAGGAGCAAGACGAGGCUGCGCUACAGGUGUUUACUGGAGCUGUCGUUUCCCCAACACGACGUUUCAUCAAGAGGAGUGGCCGUCAUAGAGGAGACCUUCUCCCUGUCUGGUGAAUGA